AUGCUUGAUAAUCCUUUCAUGAGCAAUACUCCCAGUGCAUCUCCUUUGAAGGGGCAUAACACUAAGCGGAUAAAUGAGAAGUAUUCUACGAAUACAUCACUAUUUUCUUCUUCUUCUGCUUCCUCUGGGUCAGCCAACUCAAUCCUUUUAGCAUCUCCAACAAGGCGUCCAAGAACUACAAAUACUGAUUAUACAGACAGAUUUCUCCCUUCACGAACAAGUAUUAAUUUGAAUUCUAUCAACUCAAUUGCAAAUUCUACAAAUUCCUCAUUCACAAACUCAAACGUGAACUCAGAAGAUCAAGUUGAAUUACAAAGAGAAAGACAGGCUAAUGAAACCUUCGAUACUGUGUUGAAAAAUGAAAUAUUUGGAGAGUUAUUAUCGAAGGAUCUUAAUGAUAAAGAGUCGAAUAUAGAUAAAAUAAAACAUACAAAGACAACGAUACUAUCCACUCCAUUAUCUCCCCCUCAGAAAGAGGCAAAUGAUUCCGAUCUCUUAUCUUCUCCAGUUACCCCAAAGAGAUUAUUCACAAUUGGCACUAACAGUAGCAAUACGGACGAGUUAUAUAGACCAUCAAGCAAUUCUAUGAGGGGUGUAAGCUUACUUACGUACAGAUCUUCUCCAAAGAAAACGAGGCCGUCCACUACCACACUUUUAAAUUCCCAAUUUUUCGAUUCUAUCUCAUCCAUGCGUCCAGAGUCUAAGCAAUUACUACUAUCACCAAAGAAAACGUACAGAAAGAUUGCUAAAAUUCCAUAUAGAGUAUUAGAUGCACCAUCUUUGGCUGAUGACUUCUAUUAUGAUCUAAUAGAUUGGUCCUCAACGGAUUUAUUAGCUGUGGCUCUGGGGAAAUCGAUUUUUCUAACAAACAAUUCUAAUGGAGAGGUAAUACACCUUUGUGAUACUGAAAAUGAGUAUACCAGUUUAAAUUGGGUGGGGUCAGGGUCUCAUCUGGCCGUGGGUCAAAGUAACGGUAUCGUAGAAAUAUUUGAUGUCAAUAAGAAGAAGUGUAUAAGGACAAUGUUGGGACAUUCAGAUAGAGUUGCAUGUUUAUCAUGGAAUAGUUAUAUUUUAACUUCGGGUAGUAGGGAUCAUAAUAUUUUACACAGAGAUGUACGUUCACCAGAUCCAUUUUUUGAAAAAAUUGAAAGUCAUUCACAAGAAGUUUGCGGUUUGAAAUGGAAUGUUGAUGAAAAUAAACUAGUAUCUGGUGGUAAUGACAAUAUUGUCAACGUAUAUGAUCGUACUUCAACAAAACCUUUCAUGACCAUGACAGAACAUAAAGCUGCUGUAAAAGCUUUGGAUUGGUCAUCUCAUAAAAGAGGAAUUCUCGCCACAGGAGGUGGUACAGCAGACAGACACUUGAAAAUAUGGAAUGUCAAUAAUAUGACGAAAUUAAAUGAUGUCGAUACAGGUUCACAGGUUUGUAAUCUUGUCUGGUCUAAGAAUACCGACGAAAUUGUAACCUCACAUGGGUUUUCAAAAUAUAAUUUAACUUUAUGGAAUUAUCCAAAUUUAGACCCCAUUGCAAUCUUAAAGGGUCACAGUUUCAGAGUUCUUCAUCUAACGUUAUCUGCAGAUGGAACUACGAUAGUUUCUGGUGCUGGAGAUGAAACGUUAAGGUAUUGGAAACUAUUUGAGAAACAAAAACAUAGAAGUUUAAGUGAUACGUCUUCAAUGUUUAAUGCAUUCAACAAAAUUAGAUAA